AUGGUUACCCUUGAAUACAACACAAACAGCAAACAGAUAAGUGCAAGUGGCGCCGAUGUCACACAAUCCACCGAAACCAAUAUCGAUCAAAUAAAUGUCCUCACUACAUCAUUAAUAGGUGAAACAAACCCAAAUUUUACUCCACAACCAAAUGAAGCUCUAAGUAAAAUGAUCAAAGGUUUGUUUGAAAGCGGUAUGAAAAAUCUACAACAGAAGAAACUGAACGAGGCUUUGAAAAAUGUUUCCUUAGCAAUCGAAAUGGCACAAAGGAAAAGAGCGCCUUGGGAAGCCUUUGCUAUUCAGCUACCAGAGUUGCACUUCAUGCUUCGUAGCAAAAUAGAUUUGUCUUUGGUGCUCGGAAAGUAUUUAGAGGCAUUGCAAGAUCUAGACUUUUUACUCGGUACGGGGCUCAUCCAACCAGACGUCUUUGUGAGGAAAGCGGACUGUCUGUUGAAAUUAGGACAGUGGGAAGAAGCUAGAGCCACUUUAGAAAGAGGCUUGGCAUUUGUUCCCGACGAUAUGAAACUUAGAGCCCUUCUAAUAGAAACAGCAAGAAAUUUAGCCGAAUAUAACGGCGAGUAA